AACACAGGAAGAGUGUACGUAUUAGUUGCUAUUUUAUGACUUGUUUGAUUUGCUAAAAAAUAAAGCUGAAAAACAUACUUGAAUGAUAUUUAAUAAAGUGUGUUAUUGGAAAGUAUUUUCUAAAAUAUGAUCAAAAUAAAAAGUUAUUUCUAUUCAGCACCUUAUGGCUCGACCUUCGACCUCCACCGGACCUUCCACAACCAUUGGCAACCACCUAAACCGACGUUUGCAGUUGUUGCUACGCCCAUCCGGUUGUGGGUAGUCCCAAGCUUCUAUGGGAAGAAAUUGCCCUACUCCAUGGAUUUAGUGCUGAUGGAUGCAAAGGGCUGUAAGAUCCAUGCUUUUGUAACGCAGUCUCUGAUUUACAAGUUUCAAGCUUUACUUAAUGAGGGAUGUGUUUAUCACAUUUUCUUCUUUGGAGUAGGGGAAAACGGAGGAAAUUUCAGAACAACUUCCCAUGCAAAAUCAUGAUUUGUAUGACUUGGUAUAAACACAAUGAUGUCAUACUUUAUGAUUUAUCUUUCAUAGUCCUGAUUUCGGUGAUUUGUGCUACUAUCACAUUCUUUUUUUCCAUAAUUAAUAUGUGUUUAUCGUCUGCUUUAUUGGUGAUUCUUUAUAUUUAUGAUUUGUGUUAUUGUCUUCAUGUUCGUGAAGAAUGUUAAACGAGUUCCUGAUGAUCUCGAUCAGGCUUAGAAGAUAAAUCUUUUUGUCUA